AUGGCACUUUCCGGGUUAACAUUCUUAAGGAAUUCGACGCGGCUAUUGCCAUAUCGUGCAGUGACUAUUGGGUUUCCUACGGUCCCAGAAUACAGAAAGAACAGUUGCCGAAAUGCACACGCAACAAAUACAAUAAUAAAUUUCGUGCCCCAACAGGAAGCCUGGGUUGUGGAAAGGAUGGGGAAAUUUUAUAAAAUUCUGCAACCGGGCUUGAACGUCUUGAUUCCUUUUAUUGAUACGAUAAAAUACGUUCAGAGCUUGAAAGAAAUAGCUAUCGAGAUUCCUCAGCAGGGUGCAAUUACUAUAGAUAAUGUGCAACUGCAAUUGGAUGGAGUUUUAUAUUUACGAGUUGUUGAUCCCUAUAAGGCUUCGUACGGUGUCGACGACCCGGAAUUUGCAAUAACCCAGUUAGCACAAACCACAAUGAGGUCUGAAGUUGGAAAAAUAAAUUUGGAUACGGUUUUUAAAGAAAGAGAGCAGCUUAAUGUUUCUAUAGUUGAAGCAAUUAAUAAAGCAGCUGACCCUUGGGGUUUACAGUGCAUGCGUUACGAAAUCAGGGAUAUGACAAUGCCUAUCAAAAUUCAGGAAGCUAUGCAGAUGCAAGUUGAAGCGGAGCGUAAGAAAAGGGCAGCAAUUUUGGAGUCUGAGGGACGCAGGGACGCAGCUAUCAACGUAGCGGAGGGCGAGAAGAAAGCUCGCAUUUUAGCUUCUGAAGCAGCAAUGCAAAAGCAGAUAAAUGAAGCUCGUGGUGAGGCUGAUGCGAUAGUUCUUCGAGCAAAAGCUCGGGCAGAAGGCAUUAAGCAAGUUUCUGAAACAUUGGUUAAAAACAAUGGUAUUGAUGCUGCCACAUUAAUUGUUGCUGAAAAGUAUGUGGCAGCUUUAUCGAAUAUUGCCAAGGAAACAAAUACUGUGGUAGUGCCAUCAAAUCUUGCAGAUGCCGGGUCUCUUAUUUCCCAGUCUUUGGCAAUUUAUAAACAGCUAUCAGGCAAGAAAUUACCACCUGUGAGUUCUUAG